AUGAAGAGUCUGGUUCCAUAUUUUGUACUCAUCUUGGUGUUACUCUCAAGCCAAACAGAUGCCAAAAAGACUAAGACAGUUUCUUCUCAAGGACCAGACUGCACACAGAUCAAAGCUCUCUCUCCACAUGCAUCCAGUGGAGUUUAUGUAAUCCACCCUCAUGGAGUCAAGACCCCGUUUAAGGUGUACUGCGAGAUGCAGGCAGAUGGAGGCUGGAUGGUGUUUCAGAGGCGCAGCGGAGGAGAGGUUUCCUUCGACAGAAAGUGGGCUGCAUAUGAACAUGGUUUUGGAAACCUGACACACGACCACUGGCUUGGUCUGAAGAAGGUUUUCUCUGUGACCAAGGACAAGACCAAGUCGUGGACCAUGCGAGUGGAUUUAUCGGACCACCAAGGGGUCGCUGCCAUUGCUCAGUACAUAGACUUCAGAGUGGCAAAUGGGAAGAAAGGUUACAGACUGCAUGUCGGGGAAUACACGGGAGACGCAGGUGACGCCAUCCGUGGUGCCGACGGAGGCGUUGACCAGAACGGCUACCGUUUCAGCACUUUUGACCGUGACAACGACGGCUGCUCACCGUGCAUCUUUGGUGACAUUGCUCAAAAUAAAUGCACCAUGUCAGAGGGCGGCGGCUGGUGGUACAGCCGCUGUGGUUCUGCCAGUCUGAAUGGUCACUGGCAUCCUGUUGGGGAUCACAUUGGCUACGGUACCGGCCUCCACUGGCGAACCUGGAAAUCUCACAAGAUGUCCUCGGCCAAGACCAGCAGAAUGAUGAUCAAGUCUGUGUGA